CUAACCUAAAAUAUUAUUUUUCAGAUGAAAAAUAUUUUUAGUAAAAAUUCAACUGAUUAAUUACAAAAUGUCAUGUACUAAAUUAAAAGAUCCAGCGAAUCAUUUUUUUCGAAUAAGAUAGUACAGUUUCAGAAUGUGACACGUAUGUAUGUUCCUUUGUGUUAAUUCCUUGCAAAAGGGCUUAUAACGCAGGUGUAAAAUUACCUACAUAGUACAGAAAUAGUUCCAAACUAAAAAUCAAUUUCAUGUCGCCAGCUACCACUGUUCUCUCUCUACGAUGACAUUAUGUGGAGUGCAGUCUAUGCUAUUCCAUUCAAGACAAUAACAUUUAUUUUCUAUUCCCUUUAAAAUGUACGGAAAUUUGAGUCCAGAAGAUGAAUACUCCACCAAAAUUGAAAGAAUUAUUGGAGAGAAUACUGAUUUAACCAGGGACUUGGAGAAUUGGAUGUCAAAAUUACCGCAAAGUUUGAAAUUAGUUCCUAUAAUUUAUUUAGCCAUUCCAGGUUCACAUGAUAGUUUUACUUCAAAUAUAACAGCUGCUUGUGGUGUUUCACCGGACUCAGGUGAAUUACUACAAGAUUUGCACUGGCUUAUCUGUGUAAAAACUAUAAUAGCUCGUUGGACCAAGACACAAAGUUUUCCAGUGAAUGAUCAGUUAAAAUCAGGGAUUAGAUAUUUCGAUUUAAGAAUUUCAACAAAGAAAAAUGAUACCGAUCUUUAUUUUUGUCACGGAAUGUAUUCUUUCGAAGUAAAAGGUGUGUUAAGUGAUAUUUCUUUGUUUCUAGAAACGCAUUCUCAUGAAAUUGUAAUAUUGGAUUGUCAGCAUUUUUACGGAUUCACACAAGAAACCCACUCUAAACUGAUGCAAAUGAUUACCAAGAUGUAUGGCACUAAGCUACUGCCUUAUUCGGAUCAUAUGGACCAUUUAUCUCUAGACUACAUGACAAAUCAAUUUAGAUAUCAAGUAAUUGUGAUAUACCGAUCAGACGCGGCGCGUUUUGGUCAGCCUUUAUUUUGGCCUUCCGCAAGUUUUCCCAGCCCUUGGCCUGAUACAAUUGACCCUAAUGUCCUUUUUAACGCCUUAGACAAUGGUAUUAAGGAAAGGUCAGAAAAUGUAGGGUUCAUCACGCAGUGUGUUCUGACGCCUAGUGUUUCUGAUAUUUUCGCGCACUUAUUCAAUACGUUAAAAGAGAAGCUUGCCAUCGAGUUUGAGGAUCAGAGAACUGGUUGGAUCAGUAAACAGAUCCCGGGAAGGGGAGGUGUCAACAUAAUAAUCGGGGAUUUUGUAGAUUUAGCUGAUAAUUUGUUUACGAAAACCGUUAUAAACUUGAAUCUGAAGCUACUAGGAGACCUGCCUAAACCUCUUAAUUCGGUUAUUAUUGUAAAUGGAUAUAACAGAUAUUAAAGCAAAGAAAAACUAA